AUGGGGAAUACAAGGAGUGUCCCUGAGGGAGGUGAAGGAGAUGACGCAUGCACAGUAAAGAGCUAUCAGGCUCUAUCUGAAUCUCCUGACAAUAUUAAAAAUGGAUCUGUUGCAUUUGUUCAGGCUCAUUGUCCUGCAGUGAAUGGUGAAGUGGAUGCAAAGGCAAGUGUUGCACGGGAUAAUGUGGCCAUUUCUUCCCCAAAGACAAUGGAGCAGAGCCCUGUUCCUGUGGCAGGCGGGCAGAGCCUCGGGAGUGCUGCCAGCAGAGCUCUGCCAUCUGCUAAACCCCGCUCUGUCUUCGCGUUUGCAUGGUCUGUACCAGGGCGUACUGAAGAUCCAGCGACAGAUUCAUCACUUGGAGUGGGGAAACUUGAUGUCAGCUCGGAGGCGCCCAGAGCGAACAAAGCACCAAGUGACAGCGCGGAGGUUCCUGCGGCAGCUGGGUGGGAGGAAGGAGCACAUAAAAACCUGACCCAGGCCCCGGUGGCACCAUCCCUUCAUGACAUCGAUCUCACAGCAUCGGUGACACCUGAGGGAGAGGAUGCAGCUGCCUCAAAGCCAAAACAAGUAACCUUCUUUGACAGAUUCUUCAAGCUGGAGAAGGGAAAGGAAAGGAGUAAAGUGCAAAUUGAUACCCAGGAGGAAAGGCAGACUUCAGACCUUCCUGACGGGCACAUCACAGCGAAAGAGGCUGCUGGAUUACAGAGCACAUCAAACAGUAUAUUGCUGCCAACAGAGAUAGAUGCCUGCAACCAAAAAGACCUACCGCAGGACUCUGCAGGUGUCAACAGCCCCACUGCUGAGCAACCUCAAAAGGCAGAGGGAAAACAAGAAAGCCCUCAAACAGCUGUUCCAGUAGAUAACUCCAUCAUGAGUUUCCUUAAAACGCUGGUGUCCCCAAGCAAAGCUGAAGCCAAAAGUGAUUCUGAAGAUAAGGGAUCAAAAGCGGAAAAAGGCCAUGGUGGGCAACCUGCUCCGAAGACAGCGCCUGAAUCCCAAACUAAAGGAGCCAAGAAAAAGAAGGCAGAGUCUCCCAAACUAGGACACAGUACAUUUAGUAAACUCUUUAGGCAUAAGGCUGCAAAAGAGACCCAACAGACAACUAAUACCAAAAGCACUGAACAGCAGCCUGUUACCUCUGUAAAAUCAGACAAAAAUGUCCCUUCCUCUCAAGAGCCACAGGCAACUAAGCAGAGUACAAAAGCCCCCGAGCCUGCAGCCCAACAGCAGGCAGUGGCUAGCGAUGCCCCCAAAGAGGUGACGAAGGAGAGAUCAUCAUCUGCUCCCAUGCCGCUGAGCAAGCUCUUUUGGAAAAAGAACACAUCGGACGAAGCGGAGAUGGUAAGCAACGAAAAAGCAGACACGUCUUCAGAAGCAGCGGCUCCUGACAAGGAUGACACUAAGAACCCAGAAGCUGCAGAAGUGAAACACAGGAGAGAAGAAAGUAAAACCCCCAAAGCAAACCUGAGGAAGUUUUUUAAACUG